GUACUGUACAGUUGUAUAUAGAUUCGAUAGUAGCAUUUACAGGACAAUAAAAUGACAAAUCUAAAUUUGUCAAGCUACUUUCACCGCCUUACACGACCGGAAUUUGCGUGCUGCAAACGAAACCGGUUCUACCAGAGUAACAACUUGACCCGACCAGGUAUUGACCGAUUGUUUUCGUCAUCUUGGAACUUUGUCAGCCACAAGACACAUACUCGAUCAAGAUCUGCCUUUUCUAUCGUGAUGGGAGCCGAGGAAAUAUUCUGAUACAAGAAGUAUGGGUGUGUUUUCUCUAGUUAUUUACGUGGGCUUUUUAGGAGGAUGUUGGGGACAGAUCAAUCGAGCACCUGUGUUUCUUCCUGGAGGUGACAUGAGUCGGUUUUCACUCAGGGAAGACACUCCUGUUGGUUCUUCUGUCUACACUCUUCGUGGUCGCGAUCCAGAAAAUACCAGAGUUUACUAUUAUAUUAGUGGAGGAAGUUUCAGUGUGAAUAAAGAUACAGGUGUGGUGCAUUUAAUCAGACCACUAGAUCGAGAAAUUGAGAGUUCUAUUGAUGUCAUUAUCAGCAUUACAGAUGAAAAGGUCCAGGGUCAAGACCCCAACACUAUCUCUUUAAAACGUGAAAUUACAGUUCUUGAUCAGAAUGACAAUCCUCCGAGGUUUCAAAAUGUUCCUUACGCAUUUGUAAUGGAAGAAAUGACACCUGUUGGAACAACUGUUUAUAGAGGAAUCCUUGUCACAGAUGCUGAUAUUGGUACAAAUGCUGAAAUCAAGUUGUCUUGUAGAGAUGAUAUUACUCCUGAUGCUUGCCAGAAAUUUGAAAUUCAGGGAUUUGAAAUAAGUGCUGGAAAUUACAGAGGUGAGAUUGUACUCAAAGAAAAUGUAGAUUAUGAAGAAAAGUCUACAUACACCAUGAUAAUUAUGGCUGAGGAUUUGUCUUUACACGGCAGAUUGAAUUCAACUGUAAAUGUUAUUGUAGAGAUUAAAGAUAUUCAAGAUCAGUCUCCUGUAUUCCACAAUGCUCCAUAUUCUGCCACUGUGUCAGAAAAUAGUCUUCCUGGUACUUCAGUUUUAACCGUAUCAGUUCAUGAUGGUGAUAUAGGAAAUCCAAGACCAUUAAUUUUAAUGACUCAACAAGAUAAAAAGAAAUAUUUCAGAUUAAAUAAUCGAAUCAAUAAUGGUCAGGGAUUAUAUUCUGCCACAUUAGAAACUUCAAAUGUUCCAAUUGAUCGAGAAGAUCCUGAUAUUUUGAAUAAUGGUGGAUUGUAUAUUUUUCAAAUAAAGGCAAUAGAAUUGAUAAAUGGAAGACCAAUAGGGGAUAGUGUUAUUAGUAAUGUUACAAUUGUUGUUACUGAUAUAAAUGAUCAGCAGCCAGAAUUUAAUGAAAAACAGUUCAAUGUAACAGUUUCAGAAGAUAUUAGUAAUAAUACUCCUCUUCCUGAUUUGAAUAUGGUUGUUAGUGACAUGGAUGUGGGUGAUAAUGCAAAAUUUUCACUUCAUCUGGAAGAUGUCUUGAAUUCAAAUGGGGUAUUUUCAGUUUUCCCAACAACAGCUAUUGGUAGAACUCCUGUAAUCAUUAAAGUAAUUGAUACAAGCAAACUUGAUUAUGAGCAUUUAGACAAGCAAAUGUUUAUAUUUCAUGUUAUAGCUUCUCAGCAAGGAAUGGCAUCAACUACUUCAACAGUUACAGUUCAUCUUUCUGAUGCUAAUGAUAAUUCUCCCAUAUUCAAACAUGAACAGUAUGUUGUAAAAGUACCAGAAAAUGCUCCAGCAAAUGCUACUAUUUUUAGUUUACAGGCACAAGAUGCUGAUAGUGGAAUUUUUGGUAAGAUAAAAUAUUCUAUAAAAGGAUUUGGCUCAGACAAAUUCAAAGUUGACACUGAUAAUGGACAUAUCAAAAUUGCAAACUGUGGUAAGAAAACCUGUUUAGAUUAUGAAAUGCAGAAGGACUAUUCCCUGACUUAUGAAGCAGAAGAUGGUGGAGGAAAAGUAUCAUCAGUUAAUUUAUUUAUUGAAGUAUUAGAUAUAAAUGAUAAUCCACCACAAUUUUUGAAAGAUGAAUAUAUUUGUGAAUUACAAGAAAAUGCCAAAGAAAUAAUACCUCCUCUGUUUGUAAAGGCCACAGAUCUUGAUAGUUCUAAACAAGAUGGAGAUAAAAUUAUAUAUUCUAUAAAAGCAGAAAAUACUACAGAUCCAGUAAUUUCUAUUGAUCCUACUACUGGACAAAUUAUGUUAAAACGCCCUAUAAAAUUUAGUGAUACACCAAAUAAUUCUGGACUUUUAUUUGUGAUGAUUCAAGCUAAAGAUUAUGGAAAUCCACCUUUACUAUCUGAAACUAGAUUAUUAAUAAAGUUAAAGAGAGAGAACGAUGGAGCACCCUUGUUUCUAGGUGAACCAUAUAAAGUUUCAAUUAAAGAAAAUGCCCCUCAAGAUACAAGUGUAAUUAAAAUUGUUGCAACUGAUCCUGAUGGUCCUGAUAAUAAAAUAACUUAUGCUAUAGAGAGUGGUGGAAAGGACAGUUUUGUUAUUGAUAGCAAAACUGGGAUAAUCAGAGUCAUUUCAGGAGCUAAUCUUGAUCGUGACAUUUAUGGAACAGAAUAUAAAUUAAUAGUUCAUGCCAUAGAUGCUGGAAAUGCACUUCAACAAACAGCUACUGCAACUGUAACCAUUCUUAUAGAUGAUGUUAAUAAUAAACCACCAAAAUUUUUGAAAGACACUUAUGUUCAAUAUAUUCCUGAAAAUUUGAAUAUAGGUGAGGAAGUCAUAAAUGUUACUGCCAUAGAUCCAGAUAAAGAUGCUAAAUUGCGCUACUCUAUAAUUGAACCCAUAAUUGCUAGAGAUAAAACUGGAUCCGUUGUGUCAUCAACAGAUCCAUUUAAUUAUAAAAAUGUUUUUAGAAUUGAUGGAACAACUGGACAAAUAACUAUAAAUAGUCUUUUAGACUAUAGUGCUGCUUCUGUAAUUAUUCUUACUGCUCAAGUUAUAGAUCUUAAUGCUGUUGUAGGAACUGAACAAAAAGCAACAGUUGAAGUCACAGUUUAUGUUCAAGUUCACAAUGAAAUGGUACCAAUAUUUGCACCUCCAUGGACUCCUUCAAAUCCAAAAAUUGAUAUCACAGUGCCUGAAGAAACUUUGAUUGGUUCUACUUUGCUAACGCUUGCAGCUUAUGAUCCUUUAGCACACCAAGCUAUAAACCAUUUUGAGAAAGUUUCAAAUUCUGAUUCAAACAAUUAUGUUUCUGUUAGUCCUAUUUCAGGCUUGGUGACCCUUAAUCAUCGGCUGGAUUUUGAAGAAUUACCAUUAAAAUAUAUUACAUUUCAAGUAAAGGCUAUCAAUGGAGAUGAUGGAAAUGAACGUUUUAGCACAGCAACAGUUGUUGUAAAUGUUCAAGAUGUUAAUGACAACAGCCCUGUAUUUUCUCAAGAUUCAUAUAAAACAACUGUCUCAGAAUCUGCAACAUAUCCUCAUACACUACUAACAGUCCUUGCAUCUGACAAAGAUUCUGGUGAAUUUGGAAAUAUUGAAUAUUCUGUAUCAGGAGAUGGUAGUGAUGUUUUUGAUAUUGAUAAAAAAUCAGGCACAAUACAAAUUCGUGAAAAUAUAACACUUGAUAGAGAAAAACAGGCAUCUUAUAAUCUUCAAGUUAUUGCUAAUGAUAGUCCAAAUAUAAUAGCUAAUCAAAGAAGAACAUCAGUUUUGGUGGUAAUAUCAUUAUUGGAUGUGAAUGACAAUGCUCCUGUCUUUAGUCAACCAUUAUAUACUGCAGUGGUGCCUGAAAAUGUGCCAACAGAUUUUAGCAUUAUAACCGUUAAAGCCACUGAUGCAGAUGAAGGAAGAAAUAAAGAAAUACAAUACACAAUUGUAGAAGAUAUGAUUUCUGAACCUGUAGGAUAUUUCUCAGUUGAUUUUGAAAGUGGUGUUGUAUCUGUUAUAAGAGCUCUAACUGGGAAAGGAAGGGAAGAACCUUACUCAAUAAUAAUUAGAGCUACUGAUAAAGGUAUUCCUGCCAAAUAUACAGAUGUGGAGGUUCUGGUAAUUGUUAGUGAUGUGUCUACUAAUGAUGGAAUUCCUCAAUUCAUUCGUCCUGCUUCGGGAGAAGUUGCUUAUAUACAUGAGAAUGCUACUUUGGGUACACCUGUGUUUCAAGUUGUAGCUUUUGACCCAGAUAAUCCAAACACUGCCAAUGGCAAAGUUUCAUACAGAUUUUUGGAUGAUCAUACAAACUCUAUUGAUGGUGAUUUUGCAUUUGCAAUUGACAGUGCUACAGGAGUAAUUAGCACACAGCAACUAUUAGACAGGGAAACAAAAGAAAAUUAUACAAUAAUUGUUGUUGCUUAUGAUUAUGGCUUUCCUCCACAAGAAGCUCAUCGGGUUCUUCGAGUGUAUAUUCUUGAUGUAGAUGACAAUGAUCCUCAUUUCAAUAGACCCAUCAAAUCUCAACCCAUAGAUAUAAAAGUAAAAGAAGAACAGCCUAUAGGAACAGUAAUAGGAUCUUUACAGGGAAUAGAUGAGGACGUUGGAAUUAAUGCAAUUAUGGAUUAUUUUAUAAUAGAUGGUAAUGAGCAAGAUGUUUUUGGAGUAAGAAGAAACAAUGAAAGUAAAGGAGAAAUUUAUAUCAAUAAACAUAUAGAUCGAGAAAAACAAAAUAAAUAUUUAUUAACAAUUAAAGUCAGUAAACCAUCAAAACCUCCACAUCCUUUACAAGAUAAAUAUACUCCAGAAGAUUUGUCACAAAUUCAAGUAGCUGUAGACAUUCAGGAUAUUGAUGAUAAUCCUCCUUUGUUUGAAAAGGAUCAUUAUAUUGUAGGUGUUCGAGAAAGUACCGAAGUAGAUGCAGAAUUGGUUACAGUGAAAGCAAGUGAUCCAGAUUCAUCUUCUGGACCUGUUAUGUACAGUAUUAAAAAUGUGACUUAUUUCAGAUCUUCAAAGAAAGAAGUUAAAAUAACCAAUGAUAAUUUUGUGAUCAACCCAAGUACUGGAAAAUUAAAUGCUAAUCAAGGAUUUCAGAGUUUUGUAAAUGGAUACUUUGAUAUAUUAAUAGAAGCAAGGAGUGGACCAGGUAGAAAGAAUGUUGCAUAUGCUCAUGUUAAGGUGUAUGUUUUAUAUGACGGAGACUUACUAAAAUUUGUAUUUGAUAAAAGACCAGAUGAAGUUCGAAAUAAUAUUCCACAAUUCAAAAAAGAUUUAGAAACAGCUAUAACGGAACCUUUAACACUAAAUAUAUAUGAUACUCAAUUUUAUAGUAGAUCUGAUGGAAGUUUAGAUUUUGAAAGUACGAGUUCCUGCUUUCAGUUAUUAGAAAAAGAUGAUAUUGUUGAUCCUAAACGGGUUAUGGAUAUUUUAAAUGCUAAAAAAUCUGCUGAAGUUGAAAAACUCUAUAAAAUGUAUAAGAUUGUGAGCAUUGAACAAUGUAUUCCGAGUAAGGAAGAUUAUAGAAUGACAUGGAGUGAGGUAAGCGUACUUGUUGUUGCAGCGCUUAUUGCAGUAUCCGCAUUUGUUGUAACUGUUAUCAUUUGCAUAAUGUAUUCACGGUAUAAAAAGAAGAUUAGACUUAUGUAUUAUCACAACAUGAUUGUUGGUGAACAAAGUGGUCCUUUGUCAACACUUAGUCCUGCAGAACAACAGAGGAUAUAUGAGUGGCAAGAAAUGAAUACACCAAUGGCUGAUGCAGCAUCUUUCAGGAGCUAUCCAACUCUGAGAUAGUUGAGCUAUAAUUCUAAUUUUAAGUUGUUUAAUUCUGCUACUAAAGAUAUAAAGCCAUCUAAUUUUGAAUGAAUUUUCCAUUCUAAGUGAUUAACUUAUCAAAACCAAUGAUUUUUUACAUUGGAAGAAAUGGUAGUCAUUCGGUACUGAUACUACUUAACAUAAUUUAUGUAUUGUUUAUACAUUAAAUAAUCAUCUAGUCAAUUAUUAAUGACCUAAAUGGAAUCAUUAAAAUGGCUCUUAAACAUUCAAAUUCAAAUUAUAAAAAAAAAAUUAGCAAAUUUUGUUAGUUAACAGAUGUUUUUAUGUAUUAAUAUCUAAUGAAUUUGUAUAAAAAAUUAUAACAAAUUAUGUAAAUUAUUUUUUCACCUAUAAAUUUUAAUCAUCUGUAUAUUCAUCAUUAUAAUUAUCAUUGCUAAAUGAUGAUGUAUGU